ACAUGGCGCAGUCGGCAGGAAGAUAUGUUCGAGCCCCGCAGAGCGCGGAGGAAAACGACCUGUUUACCGAUUUAGCGGAGCAGCUUGCGGAAGAAAAGGAGAUGAGAGCACAUUUGGCAAAUGAACUUGAGCUUUCUCGCAAAGAGGUAGAAGAGCUUCGAGCUGGACUCCAUGCGAAGGACACGGGUAGUAACGUUGACAGUCAAAAUCCAGAAUUUGACGUACAAGCUGGUUUCAGCAGCACACAUCGCAUUCCAAGCCAUCCUGUUGCGUCUCGUAGUUUCGAGGAAUCGAGGUUCCUGUCAUCCAUGAACCAGCUGUCCGUCGCAUCCAUUAACGUCCCCGAGUGCAAAGCAGCUAAUGACGAACAAAUCCACAGACAUACUUUUGAAUUGUGGAAAGAUUUGCUCGUUGACUCGAUGAAGCUGGCAGGAAUUGAAGAAGAAUCGGUUAUGUAUACUAUCUUCAAGGUGAAGGCCGGACCUCGUCUACUGGAAAUUUUCAGAAAUACAAAGUCCGACGCCGAUGCCCCGGAUGCAGUAUUGGAACCGUUUUCGAAUGCCAUGCAUAGGCUUAAGACGUAUUUUGGCUCUGGGUCGGACGUUAUGUUGAUGAGGCGACGAUUGACAAUGAUGAUCCAGAAAGACGAGGAAUCCGAUCUGAACUUUAUAUUAAGGGUUGGUUCAACAGCUAGGCUAUGUGAAUACGACCAGAAUAAGGAAUUUGAUGAGAUAAUCUCAACGGUGGCAGAACAUGCUACAAGACGAGAUGUGCGAACCGCUGCGUUGAAAAUGUUGAAUCGCAAGUGCAACUUCACCGAUCUUGUCGAUAAAGUUCGGGAGCUGGAAGCAAUUCGACUCAAUGAAGAGUACGUUAUGCUAAAACGCGGGAAGCAGUCCGAUAAGACAUCAGCAGCACUGGUCGCUCCAUUACGGUUGACAACAAACUGGGAAGCCACUCGUUUCACUCGAGGAAAUGUGAAUAAUCGUGGAUACUCUGGUCGACGAGCCAACUGGCGCCCUUCGAGAGGCAGACAGUCGUUCACCGAAGGAAGGGUUCAACCAAAGACAUUCCAUCAGAACGGAGAAAGAUGUUGGCGGUGCUACAGCGUCUAUCAUUCGGCGGACGCCUGCAGGGUCAAAUCUAAGACAUGCAACAGAUGCGGAAUUGUGGGGCAUAUCCAGAGGGCGUGUACAAACACAAACUUUAAGCGCUCUGCUGAGGAAGCUUUGGAAACAGUGCCGGCCAAGAUCGCCGCUGUCGAGAAGGUAGAGGAAAUUACAGCCAUGGAAGAUAUGGUAUUUAACCACAACGAAAAAGGUCAAGUUAACUCUGGUCUUAGACAGCCAUCUACGCGUGCUUUUGAGUUGGAAGAAAAACCAAAAACAAAGGCUUCAUCAGUUUCGCUCGAACUGUCUUGGCCCAACAUUUUGGAAAACGAAAAUGAAUUUGACAAGCUUGAUACUAGAAAUAUAAAUGUUGUAAGUAUGGGUGAAUGGAAUUUAGAAAAGUUAAAAUUGAUUAGAUAUUUUUACACUAUCAUUAGCUGA